AUGUCAAUAGUAGGGGAGGAGGCUACGGCCGGGGUGCCGUAUGUAGAGGAAGCGGCCGCUGCCCAUAUGGUGGUCGAGGAGGGGGGAGCCGCAGAGGCGGCGGUUGAAGAGGCGGUUACUGCCGAGGAAGUGGUUGAGGUACUGGAUGCUAAGAUCGCGUCCGAAGUGCCGCCUGCCGAGGAGACUGCCGAAGACGCGACCGAAGAGAUCGCCGAGGAAGCCGCUGAGGAGGCUGCAGAAGAGGCCGCCGACGAGGGCGGCGAGGAGGCCAUUGAAAAGGCCGCUGCGGACGGGCCUGUUGAGCCAUUGCCGUCCGCCCCUCGUCGCCCAAGCGGCAUCGCCUUCCGCUCGAUAAGACUGGAUGAACUGCAAGCCCGCCUAGCUGAAGGCGAGGAAAUGAUCGACCGGUAUGCUGAAGCCGUCACGAGGAUGGUCGAAGGGAGCUCUCUUGAGCAGGAUCUGGAGGUGAUCAAAGAACAAGUUCAACCUGCAAUGGCCCGAUUGAAAGAGAAUGACCUCGUUGUCCAACGAGAGAAUGAAGAGGUUGCGCAGGUUGGGGCCCAGAUUGCCGAACUCCAGGCACGCCGAGAUCUCAUACUCCAGCGCCGAGACGGCGCGGUCGCAACCGGGAACGAGCUGAAAUCUUCGGCCAAGCGAAUCCUCAAGGCCGCGACCGAGACGAAGAAGGCCCUGGCCGAGCGGAAGCUGAUCCGAGCGAGGUGGCAGGCGGACAUUGAUGGCGGGGACAUCGCUUGGAAAAGGAUCACCUGCCUGAUCUGGGGGAUGUUUAGUGAAGGGGUCUAG